CCAAGCGCGGGCAGGGAACCAGGCUGCAAGACGUGGAUUGCCUCAAUGACGACGGCUCAAGCUCCACAAGCUUCCAGCGCAUUCAACUACAGCUUCUUGUUUACUUCGUAAUUCCCCCACAAUAUGACCUAAAAUCGAUCUUAAAUUCAUACAGAAAGACCGUCUCUCUGUUCCAAGCAACAACUCGUCCCACUUAAUCCAGCUUGCGCCCACGAAUCCCGACUGCCCCGCGCAGCCGCCGAGACGAUGGAGAACGACGACUUCGCCAACAUCUCCUGGCAGAACGACCCAGCUGGUCAUGGUAGAAGACCUGGAGUUACCAGUCCGGGAGGGGAAGGCGAAGAUGACGGGUCAGGAAAUACAAAUGGCAAGAGACGCGGCAGCGCUGGUCCUCUAGGACGGCAUGCGGAUGCGAUGGAUCUGGCGGGCGUAGGAGAAGGAGUCUUGGAUUGCACCGUCACGCAACCCAUCAAAGAGAACGACGGUACCAAAGAUGCAUACGUCUCGUAUCUGGUUACUACGAACACUACUUUCCCCUCCUUCCAGAAGCCGACGACGACUGUCCGCAGACGCUUCACGGAUUUUGUCUUUCUGUAUAAGACGUUGAGUAAGGAGUAUCCAGCAUGUGCGGUUCCUCCGUUACCAGAUAAGCAUAAGAUGGAAUAUGUCCGAGGUGAUCGAUUUGGACCGGACUUUACACAACGCAGGGCCAAUUCUCUCCAUCGAUUCCUUGCCCGUUUGGCACUUCACCCCGUGUUACGGAGGAGUGCUCUUCUUAUCAUAUUUCUGGAGAGUACGGACUGGAAUGCUACUAUGAAGUCUCGGCCCCAACGAGGUGGAUCGGCUUCAGAGCAAGGUGCUUCUGGAGUCUUCGAUAACUUUACGGAUACAUUCAUCAAUGCCUUUACCAAAGUCCACAAGCCAGACAAGCGAUUCAUCGAAGUCAGAGAGAAGUCCGAUAAGCUCGACGAGGAUCUCGGACACGUAGAGAAGAUCGUAGCACGAGUCGCUCGUCGAGAAGGCGACCUAGAAACAGACUUCAAAGAACUAGCCGAGCAAUUCCAAAAGCUAGUCCUGCUUGAACCCGGCGUCGAGGAAUCAGUCAACCACUUCGCUCACAGUGUUGAAGAUACUUCUGGGGGAAUGAGGCGGUUGAAAGAGCACACCGAUCAGGAUUACCUGGGCAGUCUCCGCGAUAUGCAAGCCUACAGCUCGGCAGUCAAGAACCUCCUCAAAGCGCGCGAGCAGAAACAACUUGAUUUCGAACAGCUGACUGAAUACCUCACCAAGAACACCUCUGACCGGGACAUCCUGGCCGCUUCUCACGGUGGCAGCACAGGCGGACCAGGCGGGUUCAUCCAGCGCAAGAUCGAAGACGUGCGCGGCGUUGAUCCCAUCCAAUCAAAGCGUGAGAGGCUCCGGCGUCUGGAGAUCCGGAUUGAGGAGUUGACGAGAGAAGUUGAGGAGGCGAAGAAGACUACAGAAGCGUUCGAUGAGGAGGUUGUGAGGGAGGUGCAGGAUUUCGAGCGGAUCAAGAGGAUUGAGUUCAAGACUCAGUUUGGUGGGUUGGCGGAUGCGCAUGUGGAGUUUUAUGGGGAGACGAUUGAGAUUUGGAGUCGGUAUAUUCGUGAGAUGGAGGCGCUUGGGGCUCCUAUUGCUUGAGAUUGAGGGCUUGAGCAAGCAAGCAAGCAAGCGUAUGCUGUUGAUUGGGGUGUGAAUACUGGCCGGGGGAAGGCGUGAUGAUAAUACCUAUGCUGUUUAUGAUGUUCUGAAAAGGGGAGAGUGAGAAGCACUGUUUACCUAGUGAUGGCUUGGGGAUCGUAUUGAUAGGGGGGAUUGGCGUUUAGAAUGGUGGCUUUUCUGGUCCGUAGGCUGGGCUUGUGGAACAAUGGACUUCUGUUCUAAUAACCACUGUUUCGCUCUCUCGGUUUCUGCACCGUUGACGUCCCUGUGUAUCGCGAUAUCAGGUCUUGGCUGUGCAAAUUCCGUUGCUCAAUCUCCUGUAUCAGUCUCGUACCUAAGCGAGAAUCGCCAGGCAGAUAACUCUAUUUCAAGAUCAUGAAAAUACCUCCCUACGAUUGAACAGCUAGCUACAUGUAUCUCACUGAAAUCCACCCACCUACUGUUUACAAAUCUUAAAUCCCCCGUCGUUCCAUACAAAUUUCCUUCCAGGCAUCAAACAUGCAAAUGGAGAAAGCUUUAUGCCUGACGAUUAGUAAUUUUUGACAAUCGAAUAUCUAUUGUCAUUUCUUGUAAGCUUCUAAAAUGUUGUCAUUCAUGGUAAUACUACUUGAGCUGGAGGAAAUGAUACAUGUAAAAGGAAUAGACGGAAAGGGGAUUAUUUAAAAACGUCGUUGCGUUGAAAGAUGGCAAGAUUUGAGACCAGAG